GAUGAUAAAUGUGGCUGGAGCCAGUGAAGAAACAGAUUAGGAGGUCUGCAGUGGUUUUGGAGCAAGUUCUGUAAAAAGAAGCAACAGUGCAUGGCCAAAGGAAAAGUUCAAGGCAGGGUCACCUUUAACAUCUCAGCACUCGGGGCAUACGACCACCAGAGACCCCUCUGAAUGAUCCUCCAGGGCCAGGAAAGGACUCCCACGUAGGAGGAGGAUGCAUGCAAAUUAGUUCUAGGAAAGUGAUGUUUGUGUAUUAGAUAAGAAACACACUUUUGUGAGUGUGUGUGGUUUUGAUGGAUAAAGCCCCUGUUGUAAUGUCUCACCACACACAGAACAAGGGGAGAUCUUCUGUGUGUGCUGUGGAGGUAAAGAAUUCCUGCUUCCUAAUUCUUCCCAAUGUGAUUGAAAGUUUAUUUCAGCCCCUUGUUAAUUACUUCCUAAGCCCAUCACUACCCCACAUGCCAUGCCAUCCCAUCCCAAGCCAUGCCAUGGCUGCUCCCCGGGCUGAAGCUCUGCCCUUCUGGCUCUGCUGCUCUCCAGUAGGGACAUUUGAGAUCGGCAGCAUCCAGAUCCUUCCUGGCGCCUCCCGCCCCCUCCAAUACACCCUUCCCCUCCCCGGCAGCCCCACUCCAGCCGGGAGCAGGGACAUCUCUGCUGUGACACCUCGGAGCACUCGGGGGGCAAUGCUGAGCCCCUGGGCCAUCGUGUCCGUGCCGGCUGUGCCGCUGCCAGCCCAGCUCUGGGCACUCGGGAUCACUGUUCCUCCAGGGAGCACAAGCCAUGGGUGUGUCCCCUCCCUCCAGCCACAUUCCCGGCUGGCAGCAGCAGCCAGAGGAAGCCGGGAGGCGAAGGCAGCUCAGGGUUCACGGUGCUGUUUAUUGAUAUCACAGCCCAGUGGGAUGCAGGACCUAGGUACCAGGGAGAAUUUUGGGAUCACAGCCGUGUGGGGCACGAUCCGUUUUGGGAAUGGUGUUCUAGGACCCCUGAGGGAGGAUCAAAGCCAUGCUCCAAUGUGCUCCCCAAAGAGCAUCCCUCUCACAUGGCCCUUGGCAAUGCCCCUGCUGCCUUCUCCUGCAGAAUUGACCCUGUGGAUAUUUAUUAAUCAGGUGACUCUAGACAACCCUCAGCUACUAUGCCGAGGUGCUUCGCCAGUGCAGUGGAAGGGAUCAGCAGGCUCAGACUGCCAUGGAAUCAUUGGAAUCAUUCCCUGCUGGAAUCAUUGCUGCUGGCAGUAUUUUCUUCUGGCUCCCCAAAGACCCUCCAGAGAGAUUCCCUGAAGGACCCCAUGGAGCCGUUCUUCCAGCAUCUCCCUACCAGGAAUGAGAUGAUGGGUUUGAUGGUGCUGUUGAUGCUGGCAAGCAGGAAACCAGGCUGGGAAGGCAGAAUGGUGUAGCCGAGCUGCUGCAGGAAAUUCCAGAAGAGGGAGAGUGGUGAGGAGAGGGAGGAAGAUAAUAAUGUGGAGCCUUUUGGGCUUGCUCUUCUGUGAGAAACAUGAGU